AUACAAGGUCAUUUUCUUCUGCCGUGUUGUGUGCAUGCAGUUGUUGGUGUACUGAAGAUCCCUUACAGAUCCAACACAAGACUCAUGUGAGCUUGCCACAUCUUGCCUAAUGGAAUUGCUCAUACUUUCACUUCUGUAAAAGAAGAUACUUAGAUUUUUUUUCGUGGUUGGCACUGAGCCUACCUACUCACUGAUUUUCCAUGGAAUGCAGAUCCUGCCACUGGACUGCAUUUGGGUAAAGGAUGAGUUCACUGUUUCUCUGAGGAGUCUUCCAACGCAUUUUCUAAAUUACCUUUUAAUGGUGUUCUAAGUGAGCUUAUGUGAAACAAAUAGUUUUGGAUCAUGAGUGAAGAAAAAAACUUUGGUGCAUCCCAGAAAAUGUUAUCUCCUUCCAGAAGUACUAGCAGCUGUUCCUCCAAGCAGGGAAGUCGACAGGACAGCUGGGAAAUUGUAGAAGGACUCCGGGGAGCAAUGAAUUGUACCCAGGAGCCGCAGAAGCAGGAGGGCUGCUUGCUGAAAAAGAGAAAAUGGCCUUUGAAAGGCUGGCACAAGGUAGGAAAGAAAUUAAAGAAUGGAGGUUAUCCUUUUGCUUUAUCCUGGAGUGAUUGUAUUUUUACUUUUUUGCAGAUAGAGAGAGGAAAACUUCAUGGCUGUAUUGAUGUUGGACUUUCUGUCAUGUCUGUAAAGAAAUCAACAAAAUGUAUAGAUUUGGAUACAGAAGAGCAGAUAUACCAUCUGAAGGUGAAAUCUCAGGAGCUGUUUGAUGAAUGGGUAGCAAAACUUCGUCAUCACAGAAUGUACCGUCAGAAUGAAAUCUCCAUGUUUCCUCAUGACACCAAUAAUAUUUUCUUCCCUGUGUCUACUACUACGGAUUCUGUCCCUGGUUUCUGUGAUUCUGCUUCAGGUAGAAAGACAGGCAGCUUGACCAAACAAAAUUCAAUGUCAGCUGGAGGUAACUUGUCAUUUUCCUUUUCAAGUAAUGAGUCCAGGAUUUCCUCUUGGCUACAGUCUUCUGAAGAGAUGGAAAAAUGCUCAAGAGACCUCUCCAACUGUCACACAUAUUUACUGGAAAUGAACCAGCUGUUACAGAGCAUGGAUGUUCUUCACAGGACGUAUUCAGCGCCUGCUAUAAAUGCUAUGCAGGUUGGACCUUUUGAAAGCCCAAAGAAGGAAAAGAGAACACACAGGAGGUGGCGAUCCAGAGUUGUUGGGAAAGAAGCUAAAGGAACGUUACAGGUGCCUUCAGUAUUUUCUGCCCCUAUGAGACUGCAUGCUUCCAAUCCAAACUUAUCUACAAUAGAUUUUGUAGAGGAGAAAAAUUACUCUGAUGGCUCUGAAACAUCAUCAGAAUUUACAAAAAUGCAAGAGGACUUAUUUCAAGUUGCACAUAAAGUUUACUUCACCUUGAGGUCAGCUUUCAGCACCAUAUCUACUGAGAGAGAAAAGCUGAAGCAGAUGCUGGAGCACGAUGCAUCUUCAUCUCCAUCUGCACAAAUAGUGGGCUUGAAGAAUGCCUUAUCAUCUGCAAUAGCACAAAAUACAGAUCUUAAAGACCGGUUACGCAGAAUACAUGCCGAAUCUAUGAUCCUUGAUUCAGCAUCUAAUGCAAAAUCAAGUCCAGAUUUAGUGAAGGAAAAUUCAAGAGAAGAAGGCAGAGGUCUUGUUCACCAGGUCUCCAAUGAAAGCAGACUGUCUAUAGCUGACUCUCUCACAGAAUUUUUUGAUGCACAGGAAGUCCUACUGUCUGCUAGUUCUUCAGAAAAUGAGGUAUCGGAUGAUGACUCGUAUGUAAGUGAUAUCAGUGAUAAUGUCUCAGAAGAUAACCUAAGCAAUGACAUGGAGAAUGAAAGACAAACUUUAGACUGUAUUUCUGAAAGAGGAAUUGGAUGCAAUUCUAAACGGAGAACGUGUUUACCAGCUCCAUGUCCUAAUACGAGUAACAUCAGCCUAUGGAAUAUCCUGAGAAACAACAUCGGAAAGGAUCUCUCCAAAGUGGCCAUGCCCGUUGAAUUAAAUGAGCCGCUUAACACCCUUCAGCGUCUCUGCGAGGAGCUGGAGUACAGUGAACUACUGGAUAAAGCAGCACACACACCAAACCCAUUUGAACGGAUGGUGUACAUAGCUGCAUUUGCAGUCUCUGCGUAUGCAUCCAGUUACUACCGAGCUGGAAGUAAGCCAUUUAAUCCUGUACUUGGAGAAACCUAUGAAUGUAUUCGUGAAGAUAAGGGUUUCCAGUUCUUUGCAGAACAGGUCAGUCACCAUCCACCUAUUUCUGCAUGCCAUGCUGAAUCUGUGAAUUUUGCUUUUUGGCAAGAUGUAAGAUGGAAAAACAAAUUCUGGGGAAAGUCCAUGGAAAUUGUUCCAGUUGGUACAACACAUGUAACUCUUCCAGCUUUUAAAGACCAUUUUGCAUGGAACAAGGUGACAUCUUGCAUCCAUAACAUCUUAAGUGGGCAGAGAUGGAUUGAACACUAUGGAGAGAUCAUCAUCAAAAAUCUUA